CAGUUUCGACUACUCCGAUCUCAACCGCUCUCAACAACAAUCAUGGCACCCGGAGCACUCCUCGUCACAUCACAGAAUGGAAGAACGAGCCCCCUCUACGACUCCGAUGGCUAUGUACCAGCGCCUGCGGCUCUAGUAGUAGGUGGUGAGGUCAAUUACAGAGGCUACCAUCAUGCAGAAUGGUGGGUGGGCAAUGCAAAGCAGGUGGCGCAAUUCUACAUCACACGCAUGGGCUUCGAGCCUGUUGCACACAAAGGUCUGGAGACCGGAUCUCGCUUCUUUGCCAGCCACGUUGUCCAGAACAACGGCGUUCGCUUCGUCUUCACAUCACCUGUUCGGUCAUCGGCACGGCAAACACUCAAAGCAGCGCCUCUCGCGGACCAAGCACGCCUCGACGAAAUGUACGAUCACCUUGACAAGCACGGAGAUGGAGUGAAGGAUGUCGCCUUCGAAGUUGACGAUGUCUUGGCUGUGUACGAGAACGCAGUUGCGAAUGGUGCGGAGUCCGUCAGUUCACCACAUACCGAUUCAUGCGACGAAGGCGAUGUGAUCUCCGCGGCGAUCAAGACAUACGGAGAUACCACGCACACCUUCAUUCAACGCACGACAUAUACAGGACCAUUUCUUCCUGGCUAUCGAUCAUGUACCACAGUGGACUCGGCCAACAAGUUCUUGCCACCAGUCAAUCUCGAAGCGAUUGAUCACUGUGUUGGCAAUCAAGACUGGGACGAGAUGAGCGAUGCCUGCGACUUCUACGAGCGCUGUCUUGGAUUCCAUCGCUUCUGGAGUGUCGAUGACAAGGACAUCUGUACGGAGUUCUCCGCGCUGAAGUCUAUCGUUAUGAGUUCUCCCAACCAGGUAGUCAAGAUGCCAAUCAACGAGCCCGCCCAUGGCAAGAAGAAGAGCCAGAUCGAGGAGUACGUCGAUUUCUACAAUGGACCUGGCGUACAACACAUCGCUCUCCGUACGCCAAACAUCAUCGAGGCAGUAUCAAACUUGCGGUCAAGAGGCGUGGAGUUCAUCAGCGUGCCAGAUACGUACUACGAGAACAUGCGUCUUCGUCUCAAAGCGGCAGGAAUGAAGCUGGAGGAGUCAUUCGACAUCAUUCAAAAGCUGAACAUCCUCAUCGAUUUCGACGAAGGUGGCUAUUUGCUGCAGCUGUUCACGAAGCCGCUGAUGGAUCGGCCGACGGUCUUCAUUGAAAUCAUUCAACGGAACAACUUUGAUGGCUUCGGAGCUGGAAACUUCAAGAGUCUGUUCGAGGCGAUUGAGCGAGAGCAGGACUUGCGUGGCAAUCUCUAG